AUGGGCCACAGAAACCUGCGCCUCCUCCUGCGGCUCCUGGUGUUCUCCAUCCUCGCCCUCCACAUCCUGUCUGUUGCUGAUUUUGAUCCGUACCGCGUCCUGGGAGUGAGCCGCACCGCCAGUCAAGCCGACAUUAAAAAGGCGUACAAGAAGCUGGCCCGGGAAUGGCAUCCGGAUAAGAACAAGAACCCGGGAGCAGAAGACAAGUUCAUCCCAAGUCAGCAAAGCUUAUGAGAUUUUGUCCAACGAGGAGAAGAGGACCAACUACGACCCGGUACGGGGACUGGGGGACAACCAGGGCUACAGCCAGCAGCAGCACCACCACCAUUUCCGCCACUUCCACGACAGCUUCUACUUUGACGAGUCCUUCUUCCACUUCCCCUUCAACUCGGAACGCCGAGACUCCACCGAUGAGAAGUAUCUCCUCCAGUUCUCCCAUUACAUCAACGAGGUGGUCCCGGACAGCUUCCGCAAACCCUACCUCAUCAAGAUCACCUCCGAUUGGUGCUUCAGCUGCAUCCACAUCGAGCCCGUAUGGAAGGAGGUGGUGCAGGAGUUGGAGGGACUGGGUGUGGGGAUAGGAGUGGUGCAUGCUGGGUACGAGAGGCGGCUCGCCCACCAUCUUGGUGCACACAGCACCCCGUCCAUCCUGGGCGUCAUUAACGGGAAGAUCUCCUUCUUCCACAACGCGGUGCUGAGGGAAAACCUGCGACAUUUCGUGGAAAGUCUCCUCCCGGGGAAUCUGGUGGACAAGAUAACCGAUAAAAACUACGUCCGUUUCCUCGACAACUGGAAACAAGAGAAUAAACCGCACGUGCUGCUGUUCGAUCAGUUGCCCCCGGUGCCCCUUAUCUACAAGCUCACCGCCUUUGCCUAUAAAGAGUACCUGUCAUUUGGCUACGUGGACCUCGGCCAAAGAGAGACGGAACAGAUGAGCAGCCAAUACAACAUCAACAUGUACGCUCCAACCAUGCUGGUCUUCAAAGAGCAUAUCCACAAGCCGGCCGACGUGGUGCAGGCUCGAGGAAUGAAAAAACAGGUCAUUGACGACUUCAUCUCUACAAACAAGUUCCUCCUGGCGGCCCGGCUGACCAAUCAGAAGCUGUUCCAGGAGCUGUGUCCCGUGCGCAAGUCUCACCGGCAACGCAAGUUCUGUGUUGUUCUGCUGACUGGGGAGGGUGAGCCGUUCCAGAAAACCUACGAGUCCUUCCUGGCCUUCGCUUCCGCCAACACCAAAGACACGGUCAGAUUCGUCCAUGUGUACAAAGACCGGCAGAGGGAGCUGGCCAGCUCGGUGCUGGGUGAGGACGUUCACUCCGCGCACUCCUCGGUUUCCAUACUGGAGCGGAGGAAUUCGGCCGGAAGAAUCGUUUAUAAGACUCUGGCUCACAUCUGGAGCGGCAGCGAGGACAACAAGUUCUCUCUCCUCGACUUCCUGGACCGACUAAGGAAAGACCCGAGUGUCCUGUCCUCCGAGACCAACUUGUCUGAUCUGAACGAUGAGCUGGCCCCGAUGUUUGUCUUGCGCUGGAUGUACACUGCGUUUGACUAUUGGUCCGAUGCCUGGGAGAGCGUUCUCCACAAUAACUGGAGGGAGAUGAUGCCACUUUUAUCGUUGAUUUUCUCUGCCCUCUUCAUCCUGUUUGGUACAGUCAUCGUUCAGGCGUUCAGUGACUCCAAUGAUGAGCGAGAUUCCGUUCCUUCUGACAAAGAAGAGUCGGGCGAUAAGGAAAGAAACUCAGAGGCUAAUUACAGCAAGGAGAGCAGCAGUAGGGUUCCUAGGAAAGGUUUCGUGGAGGUGACGGAGCUGACGGAUGUGAAUUAUACGAGUAACCUGGUCAAGCUGCGUCCGGGUCACAUGAACGUGGUCCUCAUCCUCUCCAACUCCACCAAGGCCAGCCUGCUGCAGAGGUUCGCCCAGGAAGUGUACAUGUUUACAGGGAGCAGCUCCCUCCACUUCUCGUUCCUCAACCUGGAAAAGCAUCGUGAAUGGCUGGAAUACCUCCUGGAGUUCGCUCAGGACGCGGCUCCCAUCGCCUACCAGUACGACGAGCACUUCCUGGAGAGGGACUACACCGGCUACGUCCUGGCCCUGAACGGCCACAAGAAAUACUUCUGCCUCUUCAAAGCGCAGUCCACGCUGGAGGACGAGAAGCUGCUGGACGAGGCUGAGCACUGCCCACCCGGCGGCGGAGGCGGCGACACGCUCCGCAAGAUCUCGCUGGGCUCCGGCUCCGGCCACAUCAAAAAGAAAUUGAAUAAGCUGUCGUUAUGGAUGGAGCGGCUCUUAGAGGGCUCAUUGCAAAGGUUUUAUAUCCCCUCUUGGCCCACACUGGACUGA